AUGUAUUCCGGCCGGCAAGCCCCCGUCGAUGACAACGGCCUGGAUGAAUGCAUUCGCUUCCAUUUGGAGUAUAUGAACUAUGAAGUGAAUAGUGACGAAGUCUUUCAAGUCACACUCAAAACGCUGGACGUGUUUGACCCUGACUUUUUCAAGCGGAUUAGCAACCGCCAAUUUACCUUUUGGCUCAUCAACACUGGUGUGCACUGGGCGUCGAUCGUCUUGCACGUGGAGGAUGGUCAAGUCGUGCACUACGCAAUCAACGAGCCUGGGAAGAAUCCAGUGCUUAUCAACAUUGUAGACAACCGUUUACGGCAACUCCUUACAAUCGGUGGCAUUGCUAUACUCCCCGCGUCUUACCAGAUAAAAGACGUUUGGUUUCCUACCCAGCUGGACGGCUUCAGCUGUGGCCUGCGGACGUAUGAGAUCCUGCGAGUGAUGAUAGAGCGCGUCAAUGAGCGCUAUCACCUGCACGGCGUAGUUAACCUAUAUGAUGAAAGCCUCUGGGACGCGAUGUCGGGUGACUUCCAGCCAAGUAAGGUCCGGCAGCUAAUGAUGGGCAUCGUCGCAUGUAGGGCCAUGAAGCACCAGGACUACAAGGCGAGGCUAUCGGUCACCCCUCGAGAGAAGAUCCGUGGUUUCAAGGGGCCCCGGCCCCUCAGGCAGGGCGUCGUGCAAGGAGACUUACGCCCGAUGCGAACGAAGAUAUGGAAGAUGUUUGCGAUCUACCAAGGGAGGAACCAACGCGAGCAACGCGUUCGGCAACGUCUGGUCCGCACUUCGGAUUUUCGAGUGUUCCAUUACUGCUGGAAUGGUGACACUGCCGUGUACAUCUAG